AUGGAAGAGGGUAAAGCCAUACAAGUUGGCACUCGAGUGACGAUCUCUGGUAAACCAGAGUUUGGUGAAGGUACCGUUCGUUAUGUCGGUAUGACCAAGUUCAACAGUGGUCGUUGGGUCGGUAUCGAGUUGGAUCAACCCGUUGGAAAGAACGAUGGUUCAGUGCAAGGUGUCAAAUACUUUGAUUGUAAAGCACCACAUGGUAUCUUUGUAAAGAUCAAUGUUGUAGUGCCGUCACCAAACAGUGUUGCACCUGCUACAGCCACAACAUCAGCAGUGGAAGUUGACGACUCUAAGCUAAUGCCACCACCACCUUCACCAUCUACAACAACAACAACAACAGCUGCACCAUCUUCAGGACUAAGAGCACCUGCAUCCUCUGGAAUUAGACCGCCAUCUUCCACUGGAAUAAGACCACCAAGUUCACUUGGAAAGCGUCCAUCUAUUACACCUACUUCCGCUGCCAAACCAUCCGCUGCAACAACAUCAACUCCAUCCGCUUCAACCACUACAACAUCUGGUAUUUCUAAACCAUCUAGCACUCUUAAGAAAUCUGUAGAUGAAACUGCUACUUCAACACCAACUACAACUACAACAGCAGCGGCAACAGAAGAAGCUACACCUACUCCUGCAGUAACUACUCCCACACCUACACCUACUCCUGCACCUGUAACAACAACAAGUGGAAGUGGAUUGAGAAGACCGUCGGAAUCAGGUUUGAAGAAACCAUCGACAACUGCUACACCAUCGACUACAACACCAACAACUUCAAAGUUAUCAGCACCAUCUAGAUUAUCUUUGAAACCAUCUUCAUCAUCUAGUACAACAACUACAAAAUCAACUACUAGUUCUACAACUUCACCAGCAGCAGCAACUACUACUACUACUACCUCAGCAGCUCCACCAACACAAACAACUACAUCACCAGAACCAGAACCUGUAGCAGCACCAGAAGUAACAGAUGUAGAUAUAUCAUCAGUAAAUGAAUCACCAAGAGUACCAGCUACAACUGCAACAACUGCAGAAGUUGAUACAACAACCACUACUACCACUUCAACAACUAGUACUAGUGUUCCAGCAGUUACAUCACCAACUAUCGAUAGAAAAUCUAAAGUGGUUGCAGGUGAAGAUGACGAUGAGGAAGAGGAAGAUGAUGAAGAGGAUGUUGUCAUCAAAGAAAUCAUGGCAAAGAAGGCACAGCCAACAAUGCAAAUGAAUGAAAAUCUAGAAAAGAUGCUUACUGCAAUCAAUGAAUUGACUGAAUAUAAAACAAAAGCACAAGCACAAAUUGCUGAUUUACAAGUUAGUGUUAAAGAAGUUACAUCAUCUAAAGAUAAGGUUAUCAAGGAUUUAGAGAGACAGAUUCAACAACUUGAGAAAUCAAUCAAAGAAAAAGAAAAAGAAAGUGAGCAUGCAGCGAAAUCACAACAGAAAUUAGAUGAAUCAAUUGAAAAACACUUAUCAAAGGAAAAGAAUGAAUGGGAGAAAGAGAAACAAGAUUUGUUGGAUCAAAUCAAUUCUUUGAAUGAGAAUAUCGAGAUGUUGACGUUGGAUAAGGAGUUUGCAGAGGAGAAGGCAGAGGUUGCAGAGACAGAGUUGGAGAUGUUGAAGGAGGAGAUGGAGCUGUUGAAAUCCACUGUGGAAGCAGAGCAACUCGAACGUGAACAAGCUGCAGAGUCUGCCGGUAACGACGACAGCGGUGAGAGUGCAGCGGUUCUUCGUGCACAAAACGAGAAGCUCAAGGAGACACUCGUGAAGCUACGUGAUGUCGCUGUCAACGAGAAGCACGAAUUCUCCAAGAAAACAAAGGAGUUGGAGUCGUCGACCAAGCAAGUCGCUCAACUCUUGGAUAAGGUGUCGAAGCUGGAGACUGAAGUCGCCGCCAAGAAGUCAGAGAAUGAAGAGCUACGUGAAGCGUUGGAAGAUGCUUCCACCAGUGAAUCGUUGGUCACUGACUUGUCCGAGAAGAACAUGGAACUGAGUGAGAAGGUCGAGGAGUUGACAACGAUGGUUGCCGAUCUCGAGGAUAUGCGUGACCUGUCGGCGGAACUCGAGGAGAACCAAGCGGCGGUCGAGAAAGCACUGCGCUCCGACAUUCACCAACACGAAAUCGAGAAUCUCAACUUGAACGGUCAGCUUGCCAACCUGCGAUUGAAGCUGCAAGAGAACGAUUCCACUAUCACUCAGUUCCGUUCGUUGGUUUCCAAGUUGCAGUCCAAGAUCGAGGAGAUGCGUCGUGCCGAGGAGAAACACGCCGAGCAAAACUCACUCUGGGCAAUGGUGCAACAGGAGCUGCUCAGUAAGAACAUCCAACUUCAGAACCAGGUAACCAAAGCAACGGCAAUGGAGAUUGACCAUCAACUCGAGAAGUAUCGUUCGAAGGAAGCGGAACUCCAUUUGAGCUAUGUCAGUGAAUUCCUUCCGGAGCAAUCGUUCUCUGCCGACAAUGAUUCCAUCAAGAUGUUGCUGCUUCUCAAGCGUAUCGUUUUGAAGUGUCAGUUGGCACAGAGAUAUCUGAAUAGAACCUACAAGGUCGAAGAGAUUGGAAUGGAGAAGGAAGGUGAGACAACUUUGACUGCCGACGAUGUAAGUCACUCGCUUCAAAUCAUUCAUAUUCUCGAUCACUUGUCGAUCUCUGCCAACUGGUUGAUUGAGACACUCCAACGUUGUCCAGUGGAGCAGUGGUUGCGUGCCGGUCGUUCCGCUCGUGACAUGGAAUACCAGGAGCGUGUGCUCGACCAACUCCUCAACCUCAUCAAACAGGAGCAGUAUGGCUCGAGCUAUGCCAGUGCCGACCUCGAGAAGAUGACUGCCAAGAUCGACGCUAUUCUCGCCAACGUAUUUGGUAACUCGAUCUACAAGUCCGAGUGGUCGAUCCUUCUCAACUUGAUUCUCAACAUCCAGUACAACAUCAAGCAGAUCAUGUUGAACGACUUGAAUGUCUGUACGAUGGCAACACACGCCGGUCGUAAAUACUACUUCCCACAGCAAACUCUGAGCAAAGCACUGUCAAUGUGUCGUAAGGUCGUCAAGAAUCUCAUGCUCCAACCACUCCUCCGUCAAUCAUCGAUUGUCCGCGAUGUCCUAACCAGCUCUGAAUCCACUUGCAAUGGAUUGCUCGUAUUGUUAGUCGAGGGUGCUCCAAGAGUUCGCGAUGAUUCCGCAUACUUUGACUCGUUGGUAGCUGGAAUCGACACCAAGGCAGAGAUGCUCGCCGCUUCCGCCAAGUCGGCUGCAGCCGACUCCGGUAUGGACGACGACGACCAACUCGACAGCAGUCUUUCCGCGCUCGAACAGGUAUUCGCUAGAAUGUCGUCGCAAAUGAAGGAUGUAGUAGAGACAAUCUUGGCCGGUGACUUGGAACUCUCGGACCACGAGAAAUCCGAGUUCUUGGCAGCCGCUCACCCAUGGGUGACUCGUGCGCAACAACUGAAACUCUCGCUCGGUGAAGCCGGCACUCUAAGAGACAACAUUAGCAACAAAGAGCAUGAGUUACUCGAGAAUCUCAAGAUGAUAAAGACAAGAGAUGCCGAACUCCUCGAGGAGAAGAGAAAGGAAGAAGCGCUGAACAAACGUAUCAAGACGUUGUUGAAGAAUGAGACAGACUUGACCGAGUCGUUGGCCAAAGAACAGCAAUCGCGUAGCGAGAAUGAAAACACCUACCGACAGGCUAUCAAUAGAUUGCAAAAGGAUAAAUCCGUGUUGGAACAAGAUUACAAAUCGCUGCAAACACGUUAUGUUGCGUUGGAGCGUGAGCAGACAAAGAAGUCAACAGCGACACCGGCACUCGAGCAACGCGUCGACAACAUCGACACAGCAUCGUUCCGCAAGGCAAUCAAGCAUCUUAGAUCGGAGAACACUCGUUUGAAAUCACAGAAAUCAAUGCAACAACUACAAGAACUGAAUCAACCAUUCAAGUUAUUCAAUGUUAAUAAUAUUCAACUUGAUAACAGCAACAAUAAUAACAAUAAUGAUGCUGCUGCCGCAGAGUUGUCAGUCGCCAGCAACAAGUCAACAGUUGUCAGUAACAAACCAAGAUUCAAUGAGAUUAUCGAUUUCAAUAAGGAAUUGGAUUGUGCUAUUGGUGAAUUGGUAGAGUCAAUGGUUACUCCAAAGGUUUUGGAUAUUACCGCAAGUAAAUCUGCCAUUACCGCCGCUGAGGGUAGUGUGUUGGCCGAUAAUGGUAGAAGACAAAUGAUUCAGAAACGACUACAAUUGAAACAGUUGGAGAACAAGUUUAAUCAUUUCGUGCAUUCCUCUAUGACCUCUGUGCCAGGUACCAUUCAAAGUCAACAUCAAUUCGGUAGAUUCACAGAUAUUGCAUCGAUCAAGGUCAGAAAGGAAGUUAAACCAACACUCAUUGGUUCAGUAACCAUCCCACAGACAACAAGCUCGCCAGUGACAACCAACAGCAUUAGACAUUCUAGUUUGCAAGACCCUGAAAUUAUGAAAGCACUCAACAACACCGACUUACCAUUCACAACUCAAUUAGAUAGCUUGACAUCAUUCAAGAAAUUGCAUAUGACAUUUGUAAAUUAA